GUCUUUUUAGUGAUCGCAUAUCUGUUACAAGCUGCAUUCUUUGAAUAUAAUUCUCCCAAGAUGCACCGGGUUAUCUUAGCUUUGUGGAUUAUUGGCUCGAUGGGAGUUACUUGCAUCCAUAAUCAUUCCGGUACUGAAAUUAUCAACGAUCUGGACGAUGACUACACUUUUCACUUCAGAACAUCUCAGAGUGGAAAUUUGAUUGAAAUUUAUGCAGGCUUCGAAACCGACGAAAGCGGAUUUGUUUGGCUGCAAGCGAACGGAACAUAUAAAUUUAAAGAUUAUGCCGUGACCUUCACUCUGAAUCGGACAGAAUACAAAGUUUAUGGUAAUGAAGAUGCCACUAUUGAAAUGAUGACUUUGGCCAGUUUAGAAGAAUCCACGGAAAUGAUCCAGGAAUUAUGAGUUUAGGAGUUCUACGAACGUGUUCCUUUCAAAUAAAGAUAUUUAAAGCAGAA